AUGGCAAAGGUAAAGUCAUCAUAUACUAGGAUAUAUUCAAAAUUUCCAUUCAAUCAAUGUCUGGAUGAGCAUCUAUUUGAUACUGUGAAUCUAAUAAAGCACGGAGUCAAUUUAACAAUUCAAAUUGGAACUUUAAAUUUAGAGGAAAUCGAAAGAUAUGAAAGCAAACAAUGUGAUAGCAAUGUUGUACCUAACGAAGAAGAACUACUAGAUGAUCUGUUGGAAGAAGAAGAAGAGGAAGAAGAUUAUCAUUUACCACCAAGUCCCAUUCUAAUACCUAUAGAAUUACCCAAAUCAUCCAUGAAAAGAAGAUACAGCAGUACGUUUAGUACUAAUAGUAGUGAAGCCAAUAUAUGUUUCUCCAGUUCACCCAAAAGUCAGCCUAAUAUGACAUUACUUAUUUGUCGUAAUAAAUUGCAACACCUAAUAGAUGAAUUUUUCGAAUGUGUCUCAUGUCACGAUCAUAAAAACUAUCAAGAAAUUAGUAAUUAUGUCAUAAAUUCAAUAGUACAGAAUGAACCAAAUUUGGAAACAUUUGUCAACAAGAUUAUAGAUUAUAAGUUUAAGAAUGAAUUAAUUGAAAUUAUUAAAACAUUAUUUGUGGAGAAAUUUGAAGAAACAAAACUUGAAGAAUUGAUUGAUUAUAUGAAUAAUUUGAUAAAUUUAAAAGAAAAUUGUAUAAAAAAUCUUGAUAAUCCUAUGAUUUAUACUAAAUAUUACAAGAUUUGGAGAUUGUGUUUAUCUAAUUAUAGAUUUUACGAGGAGGAAUAUUUCUUUGAUUAUUUCAAUAAUUCAUAUAGUAAUUUGGAAAGUGUGUUGUUGCAAAAUGCAUUUCUUAUAAAUUAUAAGAAAUUUGUUCAUUAUUUCAGCAAAGAUAUAGUUACCUAUGACGAGGAGGAUGACGAGGAUGAUGACGAUGAAGAAGAUGUUGAAGAAGAAUGUGAAGAAGAACUGGAUGAGAUCAAUCACGAACCAGAAUCACCACUAUUACAUUACCAGGUUACGUCAAUACGACCCCUGAAUUGCUGCUUGAUUCGUCUUUAA